AUGCGGACUCACGGCGGCACCUCGAGCGGCACCUCGGGCGGCAGCGGCAGGGAGAGGGAGAAGACUGCUCAAAAGUGCCUGCGCACACGUGCUUUGGUUGGGUUCAAGACAGGUGUCAAGGGCGCUUUGGGCUGUGCUGGACCUUUGCAAGGGCUGUCGGGUGGCGGAGGCCGAGAAGAACGUGAGCGGGGCGGCGCGGAAGGACGGAAGAGGGUCGGUUUGAAAGCUGGGAAGGACUCAGGGCCGCCGCCCCGCAGCAGUGAACCCGACGCGGUCUCGACCUCGCCGAGCGAUGUACAGCAGACGCCUCGCAUCUUUCCCCUUUGGGCUGCGUGCAUAACGCACCCGCUGCCGGUAGCAGCUGGCGGGCCCGCCGGUCAGGUUGACGUCGCGUCCUUCUUCUCGCUUCCUUGCGAUGCCAGUCCCGCUUUACGCCCGGCUUGGAUGCGGUUCAACAUCGGCCAAGGUGUUGUAAGGCACCUUGUAUCGCCGGCCGAUGGCAUGGAGCGUCCGCCGUACCUUGCGUUCUUCUCGGACGACACGCCGUCCACUUCCUAUGUCGGAACCUCGUCUCCACCCUGA